AUGCGCUCUCUUGAGCGCACUCUCUUGCGCACUCUCAUGCGCACUCUCACGCGCUCUCUCCCGCGCUCUCUCAUGCGCACACUCAUGCGCACACUCACGCGCACACUCAUGCGCACUCUCACGCGCCCUCUCACACGCACCCUCACAUGCACUCUCACAUGCUCCCUCACGCGCAUUCUCACACGCUCUCUCACAAGCACCCUCACGCGCACUCUCACGCGCACUCUCAUGCGCACUCUCACGCGCUCUCUCCCGCGCUCUCUCACGCGCACACUCAUGCGCACACUCACGUGCCCCUUCACGUGCUCUCACGCGCUCCCUCAUCGCACUCUCUUGCGCACUCUCAUGCGCACUCUCACGCGCUCUCUCCUGCGCUCUCUCACGCGCACACUCACGCGCACACUCAUGCGCUCUCUCACGCGCACUCUCACGCGCACUCACGCGCUCUCUCACGCUCUCUCACGCCCUCUCACGCGCACUCUCACGCACACCCUCACGUGCUCUCUAACGUGCACUCUCACUAGUCUCCCACGCGUCUCCAACGUGCACCCUCACGCGCCCUCUCACGCACCCUCUCACGCGCCCUCUCACGCGCCCUCUCACGCGCCCUCUCACGCGCCCUCUCACGCACUCUCAUGCGCACUCUCACGCGCACACUCACCCGCUCUCUCACGCGCUCUCGCACGCGCUCUCUCCUGUGCUCUCUCACGUGCUCUCUCACGCGCACUAUCACGCGCUCUCUCACGCGCACUCUCACGCGUGCUCACGCGCUCUCUCACGCUCUCUCUCUCUCUCUCUCUCUCUCUCUCUCUCUCUCUCUCUCUCUCUCUCUCUCUCUCUCUCUCUCUCUCUCUCUCUCUCUCUCUCUCUCUCUCUCUCUCUCACGCGCUCUCUCACGCGCUCUCUCACGUGCACUCGCACGCGCACACUCACGCGCUCUCUCACGCGCACACUCACGCACUCUCUCACGCGCUCUCCCCCGCGUUCUCUCACACGCACUCACGCGCUCUCUCACACGCACUCACGCGCUCUCUCACGCACAAUCUCACGUGCUCUCUCACGCGCUCUCUCACGAGCACUCUCCUGUGCGUUCGCUCCCGUGCACACGCUCUCCCUCGCGGUCCUUCCUUUUCUUCGAAUGAAAGAGGAGACCAAUGA